AUGGCUUCCUAUUACCCAAGGUCAAGCAGUCAGAGUGACGACUUGCAAACUUCGCAUCCAGGGGAUCAGAAAUUUGCUUCUUAUUCUGAAAUGCCUUCCGAUCUUAGUAACAUGACAAGUUAUAUGAACCACGCUCCGGCUUCUGGGUCAUACUCGGACAUAUUAUAUGGGGGUUCCUUGUCUUCUAAAAAUUGUGCUGAAUUCUCAUCUAGUGGAGCUAGAAAUGAGAUGAUGUUCAUUCCACCUACAAGUGACACGAUGCAUUUACAAUCUGUUGGUGGACAGUUAAAUACAGCAUCAGGUAAUCUGGUCGGCAACUCUGUUAGAGCAGAUUCCCAGGCUGUUCCACCGAGGAUGCAGCUUGGCGUUCCGGAUUGUGAGCAAAAUUUUCAGUCGCAAGGAUUGUCACUAAGCCUUGGUACGCUGGUGCAAUCUGCACCUUCUGUGCCUUCACUCCAGUGUCAGUAUCCGAACCAAAAUUUCCCUUCUUCACUGAGUUCACAUCUACAUGUACCGGAGAAGUGGACUUUAACCUGUGAAGGUGAUCAAAGUAAAGGCUUUAGAGAAUUUGAAGGAUUGUCUGGUUUUGCCAGAAGCAACCAUAACCUUAUUAAAACAGAGUCUUCACAAAAUCCCCAGUGCAUAGUUGACCUCAAAGAUAUGCAUACUGAUAUGAGUAUGUAUGGAUUUUCUGGUUAUGCAAACUCCCUCUUAAACUCCAGAUACCUCAAGGCAGCACAACACUUGCUCGAUGAGGUGGCUAAUGUCAAAAAGGCUCUGAAGCAGCCUGAAUCCAACAAAUGUUCCGAUGACUUCAAGGAGAGUGAUAGGAGACCUGAUAGCUGUUCUAUGCUUCCCACCUUGAAUGAGAAGCGAGCAGACCCUACCGAGUCUACUGCUGACUCCACUCCUGAGCUAUCAAUUGUAGAACAACAGGACUUACUGAACAAAAAGACUAAGCUUCUGUCCAUGUUGGAUGAGGUAGACAGAAAAUACAAACAGUAUUACCAUCAAAUGCAAAUUGUGGUGACAUCUUUUGACAUGGCGGCUGGUCAUGGGGCAGCUAAAUCAUAUACAGCACUUGCUCUCCAAACAAUUUCUCGUCACUUUCGCUGUUUGCGUGAUGCAAUUAGUGGUCAAACAGAAGUUAUUAUGAAAAGGCUUGGGGAGCAAGGUACUUCACCAAAUGGUCAAGGAGGAAUACCACGUCUCCGUUAUGUGGAUCAUCAGAUCAGACAACACAGGGCUCUUCAGCAGCUUGGGGUGAUGCGACAUGCUUGGAGACCUCAAAGGGGGCUCCCUGAGAGCUCUGUUUCAGUCCUUCGAGCAUGGCUCUUUGAGCAUUUCCUUCAUCCCUACCCAAGUGAUUCAGAGAAAAUCACGUUAGCAAGGCAGGCAGGCUUGACCAGAAACCAGGUCGCGAACUGGUUUAUAAAUGCACGGGUGCGUCUUUGGAAGCCAAUGGUUGAGGACAUGUACAAAGAAGAGUUUGGUGAUUCAGAGACAAACUCCAAACCUUCUUCCGACGAACCAACCAAAGCCCAUGGAGAUAAAUCAGAUAAUCACCUGACAUCUGAGAAUGGGUUACGUGAAUUGCAUGAGAGCGUGACAUCUACAGUGGCUGAUAGUUCCCAGCCAGGGCAAGUCCAUGACAUAAAAUCUAAUCAUAUUCUUGAAUUAGAAAUGAAAGAACCUAUAGCGAAAACAGUGCCUGAGAAUGGAUCUCAUGGACCUAAUGUGGCAGAAUCUGGGAUUAUGAAAUUUCCGCAUGACCGAAGGUUGAAUGUUAAUGCCAAUAACUUUUACCCACAUGAGAACAUCCCAUGCGACCAAAAUGGGGGUGGAAAUCUUAUGUCUGCUGCUGUUACAUAUGAUGUAUCAGACUUAAAUGGAUUUGCAGUUGGCAGCCAGAUGUCUCUUGCAUUGGGGUUGCAAAGUCAUGACAGCGAUUCAUUUCCCAUGUUUGGUGGGGCCCAUAUGAGAAGUAACAACAUAGCAGCCUCUUCUCUGGGGCAUAACGAGGUGGAUUAUCACUGUAUAGAUACGGGAAAGCAACAUGACAGGUUUGCCAAUUCUCAUCUGAUACAUGAUUUUGUAGUUUGA